GGCAAUGUUAAGGCGGCGGAGGGAUUCCAGACCUUUUUUUCGUUGUUUGCGGCCUGUUCACAUGCGACACGGUUUAGUGUAUCUGGCGGUGGUGAGAGAUUUCUGAAUUAUCUGAGCGGCUUGCGGUACUGUAACCGGCGGACACCGCCUCGUGGUUCGAAAUGACGCAGUUUCUGCCACCAAACUUGCUGGCAUUAUUUGCCCCAAGAGAUCCUGUCCCUUACCUUCCACCUUUGGAGAAAUUGCCACAUGAAAAACACCACAACCAACCAUACUGUGGAAUUGCUCCUUAUAUUCGUGAAUUUGAGGACCCUCGAGAUGCACCACCUCCAACUAGAGCGGAGACACGUGAGGAGCGAUUGGAAAGGAAGAGAAGGGAAAAGAUUGAACGGAGACAACAAGAUGUUGAAAAUGAACUAAAAAUAUGGGAUCCUCAUAAUGAUCCGAAUGCACUAGGAGAUGCUUUCAAAACUCUUUUUGUUGCCAGGGUGAACUAUGAUACAACCGAAUCCAAGCUGCGACGAGAAUUUGAAGUCUAUGGACCUAUUAAACGGAUUCAUAUGGUAUAUAACAAGAGGACAGGAAAACCCCGUGGAUAUUCCUUCAUUGAAUAUGAGCAUGAAAGGGACAUGCACUCGGCAUACAAGCAUGCAGAUGGAAAGAAAAUUGAUGGAAGGCGUGUGUUGGUUGACGUUGAGAGAGGACGUACUGUUAAGGGUUGGCAUCCGCGCAGACUUGGUGGUGGUCUGGGAGGCACGCGAAGGGGAGGAGCAGAUGUCAAUAUCAGGCAUUCUGGCAGGGAUGAUACAUCUAGAUACGAUGAAAGGGAUCGCGAGAGGGAACGAGAAAGACGUGAUCGCAGCCGGGACAGAGACAAGGACCGUGAACGACGCAGGACUCGAUCCAGGGAGCGUAGGAGGAGGACACACAGCCUUGAGAAAGAAGAAAGGAAGCGUAGCAGAGAGAGAAGCAGAGACAAAGACAAAGAUAAAGAUCGGGAGCGUAAACGCAGAAGUCGAAGCAGAGACCGCAAGCGUGACCGGGAUCGUGAUAGGGAAAAGAAAGAUGAACGGGUUGAGGGGGAGAUACCUGACACUGGUGAGGCAGCUGUUGAUGAACUGUCCAUAGGUGAAAUUGGUUUAGAUGGAAUGGACAUUAAGCCAGAGUCGGAGGAGAAGGGUAGAGAUCGGGAAAGGGACAGAGAAAAGGACAGGGAUAGAGACCGCGAUAGGGACAGAAGGCGCAGUCACAGAGAGAGAGACAGAGAUAAGGAUAAGGAUAAAGAGAGAGACCGAGACCGGAGGAGAGACCGAGACAGGGGGGAUAGAGAGAGGGAUCACAAAAGGGAAAGAGACAGAGGAGAUAGAAAUGAUAAAAGAGAAGACAGGUUACCAGAAAACGUUAUGAUUCCGGAGUCAGUGGAGGAGCCCAAUGAAGACAUGUACUUAGACCAAGAGUCAAUGCAGUCUGGAGAUGGAUAUCUAUCCACAGAAAAUGGCUAUAUGGCAGAGCCUCCUAUGGAGUGAUCUUGUUAAUGGUAAGGAAGUGUCCUUCCUGAAAUGAACUUUUCUCUGCUAGACAUUGUAUGCAAGCUAAAGCCACUACCAUUACAGGCUUCACUUUUAUUCAUGCAUACAGUUGUAUUUUUUUUUUUUUUUUUUUAACAGUGAUUUGCAAAGCAACCAAAUGAGCAGUAAAGCUCUUCAGUAUGAAGUUCAAGCUACAAUAACUUUUUUUUUUUAUUUUGAGUUUACAUUGAGAAAUUGCCAUCUUUGGACUUCUAUAUAUCGUUAGGAGUUUUAUUUUUAUUUUUUUUUUUAAUUGGCCGCACAGAAUAAAAACAUUUUAAUGUUCAUUACUUGUCCUUUCCUUUCUAAAAUAGCCACUGACCUCCCCAAGGUGUAUUUUCCAUACCGCAUUGAGUAUGUUGUCAGUGUUAACAUUAAAGGGGUAUGAAACCCAAAUUUUUUUGUUGUUGUCAUGAUUCAGAUAGAGCAUGCAAUUUUAAACAACUUUCUAAUUUACUACUAUUAAUGUUUAUUUGUUCUUUUGGUACAUGUUCAGGGACAUGUGCUUAUAAGCACUAUGGGGUAGAUUUAUUAAAGCCUUUGGCAGGCUUUCACCUGCCUAUAACUGCAGGUACUGUAUUUAUGAAGCAGUGGUCAUCUCUUCGGUGGUGAAUUUCAUACUCCCUGGUCUCAUCAGACCGGGGAGAUUGACAGCUCCUGCCCGCGCGUGAUUGGUUGUGCGCGGGCACAGGGCGGCAUUGCGUUCUUGUGCAAAGCUGAAUUCCGACAGCGGAAAUUAGCCCGCCUUUGGUGUGUAUGUAUGCCCCUGUCCGCCGCAGCUUGAUAAAUCGAGCCCUAUUUGGUGGUAGUUUUGCAAGCGCUAGAUGGCAGCACUAUUUCCUGAUGUGCUCCAGAUGUCUACCUAGGUUUCUCUUCAAUUAAGAAUAUCAUGGGAACAUAAUAAAUUUGAUAAUAGAAGUAAAUUGGAUUUUUUUUUUAAAUGGUAGGCUCUGAAUCGGGCAAAAAAAAAAUUUGGGUUUUGAUAUCGCUUUAAAAAGGUGAUAAGGUAACAAAACUAACUCCACAUGGAUUUUACAGAAUCAGACAGGUAGGUUGUAGAGUGCUAGUUUUACUAAAUUACUUUGGAAAAUGUGUAUAGAAUAUUUGAAUGGAUGUUUAAUAAUCUUAUCUUCUGUUUUGCAGAGGUAUAAUAUGUUUAAAUGUAUGUUUCAGAUCUUACCAAAAUGCAUAACUGUAUGUUUCAGAUCUUACCAAAAUGCAUAACUGUAUGUGAUACUUAAAGUAAGGUACCAGAGCUAUUUAAUCAUGAGAAUUUUAUGAUUUGGCAGGGCAAGCCUUAUCCCGCACACUAUUUAAAGUUGCUUUGUUUUUUUGUAACAAACUUUGUUCUAUUUGAAAUGUAAGCUUUAAUGCUCCCAGCAAACUUGGUGAUGCUGUUGACCCAUGGCUUGUAUUUUUAACUUAUUUGAAACAUCCUGUAACUUUUUUACAUGCUAAUUGAUGGUCUUGAAAUAAAAUAUCAAUCUCAAAAUGUUAUCAAAUAUAUUUCAAAAGGUUGAGUUACAAGUAAAAUGAAUUUACGGUGCGGGAAUUGUUACUAUAUCCAUCUAAAAAGGUAGACGGGGUUCUUGUUAACUUGUUGGGGCUUUUAGUAAGUUUUGAAAUAAAGUUUUUCAUUUUUA